UUGUUAUCAAGUGUAAUUUCUAUUCAGAAGAGUGAUGCAUUAGUUCCGGUUCAUCCGCUAAAACAUGUGUGGACUUAUUGGUAUUUAAAUGAUCAGCGUGAUAAAAGUUGGGAGAAGCGACUCAAAGUUGUGUCAAAUUUUGCUACUGUAGAAGAAUUUUGGGCACUUUAUGUUAGUAUUCGUCCACCAUCAUUAUUACCUUCUGCUUGCGAUUAUAGCGUUUUUAAAAAAGGCAUUCAACCGAUGUGGGAAGUACCAGAAAAUUCAAAGGGUGGUCGUUGGCUGAUAACAAUUGAUAGGUCUAGGCAUCACGACCUACUGGACUUAAUAUGGUUAGAAGUUCUGUUAGCUGUUAUAGGUCAGCAGUUUGGUAAAUACACAGACGAUAUAUGUGGUAUAGUUGUGAACAUACGAAAUAAAGGAUCUAAAAUUAGUAUAUGGACGACAGAUUGCAAUAACGAUGAAUCUAAUUGCAAAAUAGGGGAGAUAUUAAAACAGAAGUUGAUGAGUCCAGAUAUAGACUCGAAAAUUCAGCGACCAAUAUUUGAUAUUCUUCGUUAUGAAGACCAUCAGGAAGUUCAAAACAAGAUUUCUAGCUCAGUAAAAGCAAAGCAUAUCAUUACAGCUGCCGAUUAG